AAGUACAAUGUUAUUUUUUAUUUUACCAGGAAUCAGGAUAAAGUGAGAACUGGAGCAAGAAUCACUAAUGGAAAGUCAAUAAUUGUCACUGAUAGACACAACAGCGUUAUGUGACAGAAACAAUGCCUAUAGCUAAUAACACCCAGUUCCAUCCUUCUUCAUUCCUACUGCUGGGCAUCCCAGGGCUAGAAUAUGUGCACAUUUGGAUUGGAGUCCCUUUUUUCUUCCUGUAUCUUGUUGCACUCCUGGGAAACGCUGCUGUCUUGUUUGUGAUCCAGACUGAGCAGAGUCUCCAUGAGCCUAUGUACUACUUUCUGGCCAUGCUGGAUUCCGUUGACCUGUGCUUAUCCACAGCCACCAUCCCCAAAAUGCUGGGCAUCUUCUGGUUCAGCCUCAAGGAAAUAUCUUUUGAAGGCUGUCUUUCUCAGAUGUUCUUCAUCCAUUUCUUCACUGUCAUGGAGAGCAUUGUGUUGGUGGCCAUGGCCUUUGACCGCUACAUUGCCAUUUGCAAACCCCUUCGAUACACCAUGAUCCUCACCAGCAAAAUCAUCAGACUCAUUGUAGGCAUUGCUGUCCUGAGGAGCCUGUACAUGGUCGUUCCACUGGUGUUCCUUCUCUUAAGGAUGCCCUUCUGUGGACACCGUAUCAUCCCACAUACUUAUUGUGAGCACAUGGGCAUUGCUCAUCUGGCCUGUGCCAGCAUCAAAGUCAACAUUAUGUUUGGUCUUGGCAGCAUUUCUCUCUUGUUAUUGGAUGUGCUCCUUAUUAUUCUCUCCUAUGUCAGGAUCCUCUAUGCAGUCUUCUGCCUUCCCUCCUGGGAAGCUCGAUGCAAAGCUCUCAACACCUGUGGCUCUCACAUUGGUGUUAUCUUAGCCUUUUUUACACCAGCAUUUUUCUCUUUCUUUACACACCGUUUUGGCCAUGAUAUUCCUCCAUAUAUCCACAUUUUCUUGGCUAAUCUAUUUGUGGUUGUUCCACCAGCCCUGAAUCCUGUAAUCUAUGGAGUCAGGACCAAACAGAUUAGGGAGAAAGUGCUGAGGAUUUUCUUCAAGACAGAUCACUAGCCAAUUGAAGUUUGGAGGGUCU